CUUCUCUGCGUUCAUAUAAGAGAGUAAAAAAAACACUCCUUGGAAGGGAACAAACAUGGCGAUUCAGCUCUUGAAGCUUCCCAUAGCACGGUGUUGUUCUACUGGUCCAGCUAUUUUUUGCAUUAGAUCGAGCAGAAGCUUGUUUUCGUUCUCCAAUUCAGCCCCCGGCCAUCCGAUUUCUGCGAGAUGGGGAAAGACCAACAUGAAUUGUGCUCUUAGAAGCUUCGCUGCAUCUACUAAAUCAGGAAAGGUUCAAUUGAAGAAGAAAAAAAAGAGACUGGAUGAGAUAUGUCUUGAAAGGUUUCAGCAGUACAGCCGAACGCUCAUACAGUCAUGGAUCCUGCAAGGCAAAGUGUUUGUUGAUGGAAAGCUGGUAAAUAAAGCUGGAACCCCUGUCCCUGAUGAAGCUGUUGUUGAGAUCAUGGCUGAAGUCCCAAAAUAUGUAUGUAGAGCAGGAUAUAAGUUAGAAGCUGCAAUCGAACAACUAAGUGUGGAUGUCACUGGAAAAGUAGCUCUUGAUUCGGGGUUGUCCACUGGAGGUUUUACUGACUGCUUGCUUCAACAUGGUGCUGCAUUUGUUUAUGGAGUUGAUGUUGGCUACGGACAGGUGGCAUACAAAAUUCGUUGUGAUGAACGUGUCUCUGUUGUUGAAAGGACAAAUUUGAGAUAUCUUUCUGGACUUCCACAAAAAGUUGACUUGGUGACAUUGGACCUUUCAUUCAUCUCUAUACUUUUGGUCAUGCCUGCUGUGGUCAAUGUAAUGAAGGAAGAAGCUACAUUAGUUACUCUUGUCAAACCCCAAUUUGAGGCUCGCAGGUCUCAAGUGGGAAAAGGUGGAAUCGUGAGAGACCCCUUGGUCCAUCAAGAGGUUCGGGAGAAGAUCAUCCAAGGAGUUGAAAACUAUGGGUUCUACAGUCAAGGAUGGAUCGAGUCCCCCCUAAAAGGUGCCGAGGGCAACACUGAGUUUCUGGUUUGCUUCACCCGUCGCAAAUCAACAGUUCACCCACCACAAACAGAUUAA